AUGCCAAUUACAAAGCUUAACUUCACGAUCGCUUAUUCUAUCUCCCAAGGAGUCACUGUCGAUUGCUUUGCAAUAACGCGUAAAUUUAAAUCUGAUUGGAAUCAAUCCUUCCAACUACGUGCCACCACUUUAUACUGUUGUUCAUCAACACGCAACUACUAUGGUGUCCCUGUUGGUGGAUUAGACUGUAAUUGGUGUAGUGGAUUUUGGAAAAAAUUGGUUGGUGUAAAUUGCAUAAUAUUAGCAAACAACCUAUUAAUAACUAUUGGUUUUGUUCUACUAUUUCUCAUCUCAUUAUUGUUAUUUGAGAUCAGAUCAUCAGCAGCCAACAUUGUGUCUGCUAGAGAUAUUAAGUUAUUCAUUGUUUGUUGUUUAUUUGUUAAAACUAUGUCUAAUUUAGAAGAACGUAUUAAAUUAUUGAUAAUAGGAAGAAGUCAUAGUGGAAAAAGAUCGAUUGCUAUGAGAUUCUAUAAUGAUUAUUGGACUGACGAUCCAGGUUGGAAUGGAAAAUCAUCAUUUUACAGUAAGAAGAUUAAACUAUUAAAUUAUGAUUUGGAAGAUGAAGAUGAAGAUCAGAAACAACAACAGCAACUACAACAAGAGUUUGAAGUAUUGAUGUAUAUGUUUAUACGUCUAUCACCUUACUAUGGAUUUAGCUUUUUUGAACUAUCGAAUUUGGAUGGUGUAAUGAUGAUGUAUAAUCCCACACAACCCGAUACCAUAGAUAUGAUGAUCGAUUUAUAUGAGAGACUAAUUAGAGAUUUAGAAUAUCAUAGAAGUAAUAAUAGUAACAACGAUAAUAAUAAUAAUAGUAGCAAUGAUAGUAAUAAUAAAUUAAAAAGAGUAAUUCCAAAUAAUGAUUUGAUCAUUUUUUUUGUUGUUGCAACAUUUUCAGAUCUUAUCAAUAAAAAUAAUCAUCAAAGUGUAGUAGAGAACUAUAACAGAGUUGAACAAUGGAGAUUGAAAACCGGUAUUAAACAACAUAUUAUAACAUCGGCAAAGGAAAACUUAAAUGCUAAAACACUAUUCUACAAUAUGGCAUUAGAAGUGAUCAACAUUAAAUCAAACAAAAAACUACUUAUCAACAAAACAAAACCACCUACAAAUCAAAUAUUAAUUACAAAUGAAAAGGUUUCAACUUCCUAUUGCAAUAUUAUUUAA